AUGGUUUCUCAUUCAAACAGCGGUCAGGAGUCGGGACGUCGUGAUCGUGAAGUAUCGGAGCGGAUCUCCGGGCCGGAAGUCCUUUUGAACGUCUGCCCGCGAUCGAUUUACGUACACUGCUGCGCCAUAUGGACGGGAGAAGCCCGCUUCGGAGCAUCGUGGCGUUGCUAUCCUCGCACCAGGUUUCUGCUCGCUCCGGGGCUCAAGGCGGAGGUGUUCGUGCGUGCGGAACCCAAACGCGCGUCGCCCGUACCCAGCGCACAAGUCGGCGUGCAAGUUGCAGCCGCCCAUGUACGGGACCACGUCAUCGCAUUCUUCGUGGUACCCCUGGCGGUCCGCUUUAAGAAUUACGUCACGCCGCUACCAGUCCAAGAGAGCGCAGACCGCCUUUCGACCAGCAGU